CAGAGGCUGCCGGCUUAGCGGGGAGGGAAGGGAUGAACCGGCUGCCGCCUCCCGGCAGGGGACAGCGCUCAGAAGGGGGCCGGGACAGUCCGAGAUGAAACUUGCCCCGAACAAAUUCAGGAGCACUCCAUAUAUGAAGAUUUAAGAUUAUAUCAUCUGUUUGUUUAAGCUAAUCCAAAAGUAAAUGAGGAACUUAGGAAAAGAUUGCCAACUUCAAAUCAACACAGUUACACAGAAUUGAAGAAGCAUACAGCUUCAUUUGAGGGAUUCUUUUAAGGGACUCAGUGUUCUGCGACAUGAGCUCUGAAACCUUCAAGCAAAAACUGGAAUCACUGCCAGAUCAAACAAGUUCAGGAGAACAAAUGGAGAACUGGUCAAAAGAAACACACAUCUUGGAUCAGAAAAAAGAAGACUUUUGUGCUGGACUUCAGUUUUACAAGAAUUCUCAAAAACCCACAGAAUUUUUUAUACAGGCAGAAGCUGAAGCACCAACACUUUCAGAUUUGCGUGUAACCAGUCAAAGAGGAAGAGUCCUAACUGACUGUAAUUCUGGUCCUGAAGAAUCAAGCUCUGUAGAAAGAAAGAAUAAGAGGAUGCUCCCUGAAUUUAUAUCCUCAUGGAAUGAUGCUGAAGAUUUAGGUGGAAAAACAGAAACUGCAUUCCUUUUAAAAGAAUUGGACACUCUGAGGGCCAAAAAUAAAAAGCUUCAAGAUAAGCUGGCUGAAAAGGACAAGGAGCUGAAGACAAUGAAACUGGACUUAGAAUUGCAAGACAGAGCUACGGAAGCUAAGAUUGCAGAAAAGAUUGCAGCUCUGGUGGAAGAAGUUUAUUCUGCUCAACGGGAACGUGAUGAGGCUGUCAUGGCAAGGCUUAGGUUAGCCAAUGAGGAGAGAGAUGAAGCAUUUCUACGAGUCCGGCGUUUGGAAGAGUCUCUCAAAGAGCUAGAAAAUAUUAACCCUGAAGAAAAUGACAUGACAUUACAGGAAUUACUGAACAGAAUAAACAAUGCAGACACAGGGAUAGAUAUACUGAAGAAUGGAGCUAUAAUUCUGAACCGAAUACACAGGACCAAAGAACGUAAAAAGAAAAUAAUAGCUGAGGAAAUGAAUGCAGUAAUAGAACAACGGGAUGCUGCUUUAUCACAAUGCAAACGGCUGGAGCAGGAGCUUCAUCAUCUGAAAGAGCAGAACCAGACUUCAGCAAACAACACGAGACAUAUGACUGCUGAAAACAAUCAAGAACGUGCUCUGAAGGCAGAAUUGAUAGCUUUGCAACAAGAAAAAGAAGCUGCUCUCCAACAGUGCAAAAAACUGGAAGAAGAAAUCCAAACAUUGCGUGUUUAUUACAGCUUAUACAAGUCUUUGUCUGAAGGAAUGAGUCUGAAGAACCAACCCAGCUGUGCUUUCAGUACUUCUGAAGGCAGACUGCAAGGAAGGGAGGAUGUUGUGACCCUAAUCUAUGGCCAGAUUGAAGAGCUGGCGGCUCAGCUGCAGCAAUCUCGAUCAGAGCAAAAGGACACCGAGCUGAAGCUCCAGAAAGCCCUGGAAGCUUCACAGGAGGCCAAUGAAAAAGUUCAAAAGUUGGAAAGGCUGGUGGACGUCCUGAGGAAGAAGGUUGGAGCAGGGACCAUUAGGACCGUGAUCUGAUUGAAAGCUGUAGUCUAAGGAAGCUUUCACAUCUGGUGACCAGGCUGCUUCAUUCAGCACUGUGUAAACACUGAAGCCUUAACUUAGCAAACAGUUGUUAGAAGUGGGACACUCCAGCGACAUUCCAAGCUGAGAUAAAAUCAAAUCAUAAAUGUUUAACUACUUUGCUGCUGAGUUCUGUGAUUUGUUAAAAUGUUUCAUUGCAAACAUGUAUUUGUUUUUAACCAAAUGCAUUGUGGCACUGUGUGUUGUGAAAAAAAUAUGUAGAUGCUUAUUUUAACAGUCUGUUUUCUCAGUGUUGUUAGACUGUAGUCUGCUGCAAGGCACAGCAUGGUCAUUUUUUUAAAUACUGCAGGCUUCAGGUUCAAAAUGCUGUAAAGCAGUUGCAAAAUUUAAAUCCCUUCUUUUAUUUGUGAGACUGCAAAUAGUCCAGUAUUUGUAUGUUAAAUAUAUUAACUGAUAAAGUAAGUUGGCAUUCAAGAAAUAUCUCUGGCUGGCAUAUUGGAUAUUUUUUCCUCCUUACUCAUAGCCCAUUGAAUUGCAGGUAGUAACUGUGGCUACAUCAAAGGGCAGGAUAAAUGUGUAGCUUUAUACAACAGUUGAAUAGCUUCUGCUAAUACAUGGUAUUUUCAAUGUACAUUAAAAAGACAUUUGCAUUUAGGUUUCACUGGAAGUACAGCUUAAAAAAUUGCAACAUGAAAGCCUUGUGACAUUGUACAGUAUCAGACAGUGGAGAAAGUUUCCUGUAUUGUUUUUAGUCAUUCCUCUGUGCUUUUAUACAAGGGAAAAGCUCUCAGAUUUCAGAAAGCACCUUAUAAAUUAAAAAUUCACCUUUUCAGUGUUUGUCUCUUUCCUGCAAGGCUCUGAUUGCUCUGCAGUGCAGGAGUACCAUCCAGGUUGGGUUUGAGGCCAAGCUGUCAAUCCUCAGCUUUUUGUACUCAUGAAGUGCCCUAGGAUGUAAAGGCUGAAGCAUAGAGUCUUACAGGGAGGGGAGACACUCAGGGCUGAGGAGGAAGAUUUGGGGUAUACAGACAUUAUAGGCUUUACAGAUACAUUAAAGUUGAACUUAAAGUUAUGUUUGUGACCCAGUCAUCUCCCUGUAUGAACAGUCAGGUCAGUACUCAUAUAAUCCUGCUCAAGAAAGCAGCUGUAAUCUCUGAGCACCCCAAAUUCAAUAAAGAAUCUCAGCAGACAGCUGGGCUUUAGUAUCUCCUCAGGAGCAGCCAACUCAGGCAAGGUGAAUGUAGCUCCUGAGGCUCCCACUUGUCUGCUUUGCUUUUUGUUUAAUGGUGCUACAUGGUCUCACCUCUUAAUGCUUGCUUGUUCAGAUGUUGUGAUAGUGCAGACUAUCUGGGAAAAACGAAAUUUUAAUUUUAGAUGUAGAGAGAGACAUUAUAAUGUCUGUUUUUUCUUUCAGACACUUAAAUGUUAAGCCUUCUUCAUCUGCAGACCUAAGCCCCUCCUAGUUUCAGCUGACCAAACCUAACCUCUUGCAGGGAGAUAAGUAGCAUCCCUCCAAGCCACAUUUACCCAAGUCACUUCUAGAAACUUCUGAAGUGCUCCUUUUUGACCUUUGGUCAAUCCUAAGAUAGCCAGUGAGUCUGGAGCCUCUCCCCCACACCUAUUCAGUGGGAAAAAAUUCUAAUGCUUCCCAACCAGAGGAUGGCCACCCCCACCCUCCCCCCCCCCAGAUUCCAGCCCCUUCACCCUCUCCCACGUGCUGCUGUUCAGCUCUUUGGGUGACUCAAAGGUGGAGCUCUUUGUCCUACUGUCCUCACUGAGCUUUGUGCAGCAGGCAGAUGACAAGAUCUCCUGAGCUGUCAGUGCUAUUGAACCAUUUCUGCUGUAAGGAGGUAGUGAGGAGGGAAUAAAGACAAAAAUGUAAGGACAACCAUGCUCUUCUAGACCAAAGCCCAAAGACUGCCUUUGGCAAUAACAAAUAGAAGAUGCCCAGAAAAGGGUAUAAAGUCAGUUCAGCACUAGUGACCACUCUCCCAAGUGUCCCAGCAACUUGUUAGUUAGAGGCUUUCUAAGCCAGAGGUGGUGUCUUUCUAUAUAGCAGCAUUUUUUCCAUUACCUGUUUUUAAAUCCAUUUAAGUUGUAUCUACUUGUUCCUUUCACAAGGUCUUAGGCAGUUAAUGAUGCAUUGAGUAAAGAAAUACUUCCUUUUCUGUUAUGAACCAGCUCUAUUUAUUUCCUAUCACCUAGUUUUUGUAUGAGAGAAAUGGUGAGGAACCAUUCCUUGUUCAUAUUCCAUGUCCCAUGUGAUUUUACAUAUUUGCCAUAAUUUCCCCCACUUUCCUUUUCCAGAGAGAACUCCUAGUCUCAUUUAAAGGACUGUCUCAUGUUUUUAAUUGGCCUUGUCAUACUACUUUCUUAUUUUCCAGCUCUGCAGUUUUUACUGAGAUGCAACCAGAUUUGUGCCUAGUGUUCAAAAUAUAGACAAAAUGUGACUUUAAUAGUUUUCAUAAUGAUGUUGUCUGUUUUAUUGUCUGUUUUAUUCUCUAUUUGUAAACUUUUUAGCAUUGGACUUACUUUGUGACUAUUAUUUAUUUAGAUUAUUUAUUUGUAUUAAUAUUUCCGUAGUCAAACAACAAUUCUAGAUCUCCUUCCUUGGUUGUAAUGUUCAGCUCAGAGUUCAUCGUAGCUUGUAUGAAGACUUAGCAUUUAUGGUAACUUAGCAUUUAUGGGUGCUGAAUGUCACCUGUUGUUUUAGCAUUCCCUGGUGACCAUGAGCUCUUAUUCCAUCUCUUUUCACUGUUCCUCUUUAAUACUCACUCUUCAUACAGCAAAGUAUCAUCAGCAUCUCCAUGCUGAAUAUGGUGAUAUGAAAUACUGCCAUCUCCAAAUGAACCCCUUCAAUUAAUCACUUCAAGGUGAUUUCUUAGUUAAGUUAAACAUGGCCUCUGGGACAAAGAUCCCUGCAGGACAAUAAGGUAGCUUUUCCUUCACUGUGAAAAUUAAACGUUUAUUCUUACACAUUGUUUUAAUCUAACUUCGAAGUACUUGUUUUCCAGUGUAAAAUUAUUAGUUAUUGCCUGGCAGCUUUUAUGAGGAAGUUGUUUGCUACUUUGAAAAUGCAAGUUUACUAAAUCAGGGCCUGUGCUCCAUGCAGGAAUGUAUUAAGUUCCUCCUUCCCCUAGGAGUGUCAAGAGCUCCUCACCUUUCCCCAAGUAUUUCUGUGUCCAAGUGAAUAAUCUUGUGAAUGCAGGCUUCCUACAGCCAGAUUGUUUGACCUGCAGCCUCUUGUGUCCAUUGGCUUUGUUUGGAAAAGUAGGAUGGGCCAUGCAAAAGCCAUCUAGCAGACUUGAUGUCAGAUGCAUUUGAUUGCAGGUAAUAUUUGAUUCGGUAAAAUUAAAAGAUAGUUUUGCUCCAUAAUUUUGCUUUUGACACGUUAUACCUAAGGUGAAAAAUUAGUUCCUGACUCUGUCUUUUGUGUUGCAACCAAGCAGCCUGGAAUUCAGUGAUCAUUUAAGUUAAGGUGUUUUGUCAUAAAUGACAAAUGUGGAUAAAUGUAUUUGAAUGCUGAUUAAAUUAGACGUAUUGAUUUUUAAAAUUCAGCUGGAAAUGUUUUAAUUCUUUGGAAAGGACCUUGAGAAAUUUACUGUGUUGAGAGUAGAAAGAUUCAGAAACAGUUCUCCCUCUUUCUUGCUAACAACCUGGUGUGUGGUCUUUGGCAAAUUCCUUAGUGACUGUCGUUAAAGGCAUGCAGUCCCUGAAGAGGUUCCUGGGCUCCUCCAGGGAGUUUGCAAAAGUAUCUAUGUGGUUAAUGUCAAAACACUUUCACUUCUUCACCUGCUGAAGUGAGCAGCAUAAAUCACAUAGGUCUGGGAGUGGAGGCCCAGCCUUUAGUGCCCUCAGCAGAGGUGCUGGUCCUGUUGAGCCCAGUCUAACUUUUGCCUUUCAGUGUAAUGAGGGCCAGAAAUCUGCUCUGGUCAGUAGAAAUAGGCCAUAACAACAACAUGGGUUAAUGGGCUUAUCAUGUGGUUUAUUCAUUGAGAACUGAUUGAUGCCUGUGCAGAGCUCUGAAAGUGAAAAGAAGCCUGCUCCCAUACAGCAGACAAAUGCAAUUGUCACUUCUGUCCUAAUAUAUGUGAGAGAGAUGAGAUUGCAUCCAAUUAUGUACCAGGAGUAGCAAUUCAUUUCCCUCCUGAUGGAAAAACAGUUCAUGAUGAAAGGUAGCUCACCAUAGGUGAUUCUUAUGGUGACAGUGUAAUUACUGGUCAAAUUAGGGUCCCUGCUGUCUUGAAUAGAACAGGGAUACUCAGAAAUGUUAUUCCCCUGUGAGAUUUUGUGUCUUUCUCUUGAUGAUCCUGCAGCAUGUUAUGCAUUGGGAGCCAUUUCUGGUAUAUGCCAGGGUAAAAUAUGUAAAUAGCAUCAUGUUGGCUCGGGAUAAGAGCAUUAUUAAUGCUUUUCAUCACUGUAAUUAUAUUCCCAGUAAGCCUUCCCUAAGCCCUCACUAAUUAACAAUAUUGUGACAAAUCAACUUUAAUAGAAAAGAACUAUGGACCUUUAGUCUUUUAGUACUAUUUUCCAUGCAGCCCACAGCUGAAAACUGGUGGCAUGGCAUUCUAUACUGGUGUUGGGAAAACUGCUGAUAUUUGAAAAGUUCAAAGCCAGCUCAGUCUUGUUAGUGGAGUCCUGCUGCUGAAGUCUGUUUGAUUCCUCUUUAAAUAUAUUCACAGCAAAGUAAGAUUCAUUGGUUAAUCAUUAAUGUUAAGGAAUAUUAAAACUGUUUUUAUAAAUAAGCUAUCAUACUGAAAUGGUUUAGUGAGGUCAGUGUGUUGUCAUAUGCACUUUUAUUUAUUUGUUUAUUCCAAAUCAGGAAUAUUUUACAAGAUUGGCCUUUUGUAUAUUCUUACCAGGUGAUCAAGAGUUGUAACAUCUUUAAUCCAUUUGCACAAAUGAACUUACUGUCUAAAUGUCAGGAUUUCUCUGUGUCUUUAUUUCCUUCAAUUAGAACAAGGCUGUUGGUUUUGUUGCGUUUUCUUCUUCUUAACUUAUACCCCUGAAGAUUUUCCUCCCAUGCAAGAAUCAGCUGUGGGGCACAUGAAAUCUCUGGCGGGCAGCUUUUCUUGCUGUGAUAGCAGCGUUACAUGGGCUGACUCUUAUCACUGUAACAUUUCACAUCAGGUCUGCAGAACUGGACUUUCUCUGUUUGUUCUUCUCAUGCAUUGGUAAAUAAAAUGUAUUCACGAGUUCAAAAAGACAAAGUAGUGUUCUCAUAUUAGGUCGAUUAUAAGUCAGCUGUUGAGCUUCAGUGUUCUAAACAUUUCAUUCUUCAGUUUUGUUGGGAGCCCACGUGUUCUGGGAGGCUUUUAAACAAAUACUUGAAAUGGUUGAAAGAUUUACAUUGCCAGUGCCUAGCUAAAUAUGUAGUCUUUAGAAAAGACAUGGUUUAUUUUGGCACCAUUUGACAAACUCAAAUAUUUUAAACAUUUGUUAAGUUUGAGCUUGCACAUUUGAACUAAAAGUUUGCAUUCCAAAAUUGCAUCUCAGGUUACCUGUCUCUCUCUCUUUUGUAUUUUAUAAUCCCUUUAUUAAAAUAG